AUGGCCAGAUGUAUCGAGGACAAUAUCAUUGAAGUAUUUCCGAUUGUGUGUCCAACUCCGGAGAUCAUAACUUGUGCCAAUGGAAAGACACCAGUUCUUGUGUAUGAUGAACAGCUCUGCUGCCAACAUUAUGCAUGUGACUGUGAGUGUGAAGGAUGGGGAGAUCCUCAUUACAUCACAUUUGAUGGAUUAUACUAUAGUUAUCAAGGAAACUGUACCUAUGUUUUGAUGGAGGAGAUCACACCAAAACAUAAUUUAAAGAUUUACAUUGACAACGUCUUUUGUGAUCCCACUGAAGAUGUUUCUUGUCCACGAUCACUAACUAUAGCAUAUGGAAUGCAUGUUGUAACACUUAUUAAUCAUAAUCUUAUUGGAGCUCCAGACCUGGAGGUUGUGAAAAAUGGAAAAACAUUAAAACUACCUUAUACACAAAACGGUGUAAAGAUAAUCAGUUCUGGCAUAAACCUGGUUUUUGAGAUUCCUCUUCUCAACGUGGUCAUUAAAUUUGGAAUGACAGGCUUCAGUGUUUUCCUUCCAUAUCAGCACUUUGGCAAAAACACACAGGGUCAUUGUGGGACAUGCAACAACAACCAGGCUGAUGACUGCAAGCUUCCAACUGGUCAGCUGGUGCAAAGCUGUGCAGUGAUGGCUGACUAUUGGCCAGCAAAUGACAUUUACCAACCCAACUGCCCAACGCCACCUGCAGUACCCACCAAUAAACCUGAACCUCCAGUGGAACCAACUCCAUGCAAACCAGACUCCAUCUGUGAACUGCUAAAGAGCAGUGUCUUUUCUGAAUGCCAUCCACUGGUUUCUCCAGACAACUUCUACAGAGGUUGUGUUUUUGAUAGUUGCCAUGUUUCCAACCCAGUUGUGGAGUGCACAAGUUUGCAGACAUAUGCUGCAGUUUGUGCUGAGGUUGGAGUUUGCAUCUACUGGAGGAACCACACCAAACUGUGUGCUGGUGACUGCCCAUCAGAUAAAAUUUACAAGCCUUGUGGUCCAGUAGAACAGCCAACCUGUGAAGACAAUCCCAAUGAACCAACUACAAACAUCACCACUGAAGGCUGCUUCUGUCCUGAGGGAAUGAAACUUUUUAAUAAAGAGUCCGGGAUAUGUGUUGAAAAAUGUGGAUGUCUUGAUCCUGAGGGCAUUCCUCGAGAGUUUAAUGAAAGGUUUGAGUACAAAUGCCAGGACUGCAUCUGUGACGAACCUACCAAAACUGUGGUUUGCGAGCCUAAGAAAUGCCAGACGCCACCCAGUGCCAACUGCUCUGCUCCAGGGUUUGUUGUCGUGAAUCAAACAAAUCCUGAGGACCCCUGCUGUUUUGUCUUUGUUUGCCAAUGCCAAAUCAACACCUGCCCGAAUAACAACAUGAACUGUCCGGUUGGAUACAAGCCAGUUGUCAGUGUUCCUGAAGGAAAAUGUUGCCCAGAGCACACAUGUGAACCUAAACGUGUUUGUGUCCACAAAAAUGUUGAAUACCAGCCCGGUUCUACAGUUCCUGCAUAUGAAUGUCAGGAUUGUACCUGCAGCAACCAGGUUGACACAAAUUCUGGUCUGUUCAAAGUAACCUGCGUGUUUCCACCAUGUGAAGAAAAGUGUGACAUGGGUUAUGAAUACGUGGAAACAAGCCUUGACAAGUGCUGUGGGAAGUGUGUACAGAAACAAUGUGUCCUGGAUCUAAAUGGUACCAAGUUGCUCUUAAAUAGCGGAGAAACCUGGUCUCCACCUGAAAACAUGUGUAAACAUUACACUUGUAUUAAGAGUGGUGAGAGUUUUUCAAUCUACAGUUCACACAUUGUUUGCCCACCAUUCCAACAAGACAACUGCCUGCCUGACACAAUUCAAACUGAAGCAAAUGGCUGCUGUAAAACAUGCGUACAGAAAGAGAAGGCCUGCAAGAUAAGGUCUAUGAAAACCUAUGUUAACCACCACGGCUGUCAGUCUGAGCAGGAGGUGGAAAUGCCGUACUGUGAGGGAUCAUGCAACACUUUCACCAAGUACUCGGAAGCAGCGGCUGCGAUGGAGCAGUCCUGCUCCUGCUGUAAGGAAACAAAAUUCAGCAAUCGUACCGUUAAGCUGCUGUGCCUAAACGGGGACAGCAUCUCCCACACCUACAUGCAUGUGGAGGAGUGCGGCUGUGGCAACACCGAGUGCACCAGACCUGCUGCACAUGCUGCUCGCCGAAAGCGAAGCUUCACACUGCUGUGAUAGAUUCAUUUGUCCUCAUGUUAUCAGAUGUUCAAAGUGUCUCUCACACUAUUCUAAUAAUCUGAGUAAUUUCUGUUAAACUGAGUAUUUAUCAACUGAUCAAAUAAAAAGCUGCAACUCAGUUCGUAUCACUGGUAUUUUCUAAU